AUGGGCGGCCGCAACAAGAAGCAGCGCGCGGGCAGCGCGGCUCAUGCGGCCGCCGCCGCCACCGCCACCGCCCGCGCUCGCGCCGCGCAGGCCGGGGUGGCCGCGGAGCCCGGCAGCCGCACCGCCCCGCCGCGACCAGCGCCCGCCUCCAAGGAACCGCGUGUCAAACAAGGUCCAAAAACUUACAGUUUUGGUUCAACAACAGAUUCCAAUGCUGCUGCAAAUCUAGAUAAAUCUGUUCUUAAGGUAAUGAUAAAUGGUAGUUUAGAGAAGAGGAUUAUCGAUGUGAUUAAUAACCAUAAAAACCAAAAUGAGGACAAGGGAAUGAUUUCCAAAAGACUGACUGCAAAGAAACUACAGGAUGUAUACAUGGCUUUACAAAGAUUCUCUUUCAAGACUGAACACAUUGAAGAAGCAAUGAAAAAUACACUUUUAUAUGGGGGUGAUCUUCACUCUGCACUUGAUUGGCUUUGUUUAAACCUUCCCAAUGAUGCCUUGCCUGAAGGUUUUAGCCAGCAAUUUGAAGAACAGGAACAGAAACCUAGAGCAAAAUUUUGUUCUGCUGUGUCAAAGUGUGGAAUCCCACCUCACUUAGAAGAUAACAAAAAGAAAGAAAAUGGCCCUGGAACUAAGGAAACAAAUGUGAGGAAGGAGAAAGAAUUGACUAUGAAGGAAUGGAUUUUGCAAUACGCCGAGCAACAGAGUGAUGAAGAGAAGGAUGAGUCUGUGAAAGAGACAGAUGAAGAAAAAUUUGACCCAAAUGAGAGGUAUAUACAUCUGUCUGCCAAGCUUUCAGAAGCAAAAGAACAAGCAAGCAUCUCCAAGCAAGACAAAGACAAGCAAGGCCAGAAGGCAGCACAAGAAAAAAUAAGAAGAAUUCAGCAAGAAAUGGCAGCACUUGAGGAACAUCCAGUAUUUAAUCCAGCUAUAAAGAUUUCAAACCAACAGCAAAAUGAAAAGAAAAAAACUCCCUCAUCUCAACCUCAGGAGACCACUUUGAACUUGAGUUUGCUUGAAAAACCUGAUGGUGCUGCAAAGGAAGACAAAGUGAAAAAGAGAGAUCCACUAGAUAUAAGAAAUUUUGAUUAUAGUGCUCGAAGCUGGACUGGUAAAUCUCCAAAACAGUUUUUGAUUGACUGGUGCAGAAAGAAUUUUCCAAAGAGCCCAAAUCCUUCUUUUGAAAAAAUUCCUGUUGGAAAAUAUUGGAAAUGUAGGGUCAGGAUUAUCAAGUCAUCAGAUGAUGUAAUGGCAAUGUGUCCUACAAUCGUAACAGAAGAUAGUAUGCAAGCACAACAUCUAGCUGCUACUUUGGCACUCUACCAUUUAACCAAAGGACAGUCAGUUCAUCAGUUGCUGCCUCCUACCUACCGAGAUGUCUGGCUAGAAUGGAGGGAUAUUGAAAAGAAAAAGGAAGAGGAAAGCAAGAUAGAAACCAACAAACCGCGUGAUACCUUUAUUGCUAAAUUGUUAAACAAACUGAAACAGCAGCAGCAGCUACAGUCUGAAAACGAGCCAAGACUAUCUGAGGGUCCUGAAGAUUCCUGGGAAAACUUGGUUCCUGAUGAGGACUUCAGCAGUCUCUCCCUUGAGACCUCAGAUGCAGAUAAUUUGGAACCUUCAAGGAAUUUGUUUAGGAAGCUGCAGAGUUCCUCUAGAUACCAGAGGCUUCUGAAAGAGAGGCAGGAGUUACCUGUGUUUAAGCACAGAUACUCAAUUGUAGAAACUCUUAAAAAACAUCGAGUAGUUGUUGUCGCUGGUGAAACAGGCAGUGGGAAGAGUACCCAGGUGCCCCAUUUCUUAUUGGAAGACCUGUUGCUAGAUGAAGGAUCAAAAAAAUGUAACAUUGUUUGCACACAACCCCGAAGAAUCUCAGCAGUGAGUCUGGCAACAAGAGUUUGUGAAGAGCUAGGCUGUGAAUCAGGACCAGGAGGAAAAAACUCCCUAUGUGGAUAUCAAAUUCGUAUGGAAUCAAGAACAGGAGAAGCCACCAGACUGCUGUACUGUACAACAGGUGUCCUGCUUCGGAAACUUCAAGAAGAUGGUCUCCUGUCAAGUAUAUCUCAUAUUAUUGUUGAUGAGGUACACGAAAGAAGUGUCCAGUCUGAUUUCUUGCUAGUUAUUCUGAGAGAGAUCUUGCAUAAACGCUCAGACCUGCACCUGAUUUUAAUGAGUGCCACUGUAGACAGUGAGAAGUUUUCCAGCUAUUUCUCACACUGUCCCAUUUUAAGGAUCUCGGGGAGAAGCUACCCAGUUGAGAUUUUCCAUGUUGAAGAUGUAAUUGAAGCAACUGGCUAUGUUCUGGAGAAGGACUCUGAAUAUUGUCAGAAGUUCUUGGAGGAGGAGGAGGAAGUAACAAUAAAUUUUACGGGUAAAGGAGGAAGCACUACAAAGCACCAGGAGUAUAUCCCAAUCCAGUCCGGAUCUGGUAUCAAUUUGACUACUUACUAUGCGAAGUAUAGCAAUCGUACACAGCAGGCUAUCUUAUAUAUGAACCCUUACAAGAUCAACCUUGAACUUAUUUUGGAGUUGCUUGCAUACUUAGAUAGAAGUCCCCAGUUCAAGAAUAUUGAAGGUGCUGUGCUGAUCUUUUUACCAGGCCUUGCUCAUAUCCAGCAGCUGUAUGAUCUCAUUUCAACUGACAGAAGAUUUAACUUGCACGACAGGCACAGAUUGAUAGCUUUGCAUUCUGUUCUUUCAACACAAGAUCAAGCAGCUGCAUUUACAAUACCUCCUCUUGGUAUUAGAAAGAUUGUUUUGGCAACCAAUAUAGCAGAGACAGGUAUCACAAUACCAGAUGUUGUCUUUGUAAUUGAUACUGGGAGAACAAAAGAAAAUAGGUAUCAUGAAAGCAGUCAGAUGAGUUCCCUGGAAGAGACCUUUGUUAGCAAAGCUAGUGCUCUGCAGCGACAAGGAAGAGCUGGCCGUGUUAGGGAUGGAUUCUGCUUCCGAAUGUACACGAGAGACAGGUUUGAAAGCUUCAUGGAAUAUUCUGUUCCAGAAAUACUGCGUGUGCCUUUGGAGGAAUUAUGCCUUCAUAUUAUGAAAUGCAAUCUUGGCUCUCCUGAAGAUUUUCUUUCUAGAGCAUUAGAUCCCCCACAGCAGCAAGUAAUUGGUAAUGCAAUGAAUCUUUUGAGGAAGAUUGGCGCUUGUCAGUUAAACGAGCCCAAGUUGACUCCGUUGGGCCAGCACCUUGCAGCCCUUCCUGUUAAUGUAAAGAUUGGCAAAAUGCUUAUAUUUGGCGCUAUAUUUGGCUGUUUGGAUCCUGUGGCAACUUUGGCUGCUGUUAUGACAGAAAAAUCCCCAUUUACUACACCUAUUGGUCGAAAAGAUGAAGCAGAUCUUGCAAAAUCAUCUCUCACUAUGGCGGUUUCAGACCAUAUAACAAUCUACAAUGCUUAUCUGGGGUGGAAAAGGGCCCGACAAGAAGGGGGAUAUCGUGCUGAAAUGACUUAUUGCAGAAGGAAUUUCCUUAAUAGGACUUCACUGUUAACUCUGGAGGAUGUGAAGCAAGAACUCAUAAGGGUGGUCAGAGCAGCAGGGUUUACAGCACCUUCAACACAAUGUGGAGGGGAUGGAAGUGGAGCGACACAGUCCCUGUCUCUCAGUGAAAUAGCUCUUCUUAAAGCUGUGUUGACUGCAGGGCUGUAUGACAACGUAGGAAAAAUACUAUAUGCAAAGUCUGUGGAUAUUACAGAGAAGCUGGCUUGCACAGUAGAAACUGCUCAGGGUAAAGCUCAAGUUCAUCCCUCUUCUGUAAAUCGAGACUUGCAGACUUAUGGAUGGCUGCUUUACCAGGAGAAGGUGAGGUAUGCCAAGGUGUAUUUGAGAGAAACUACUUUAAUAUCCCCCUUUCCCAUUUUGCUUUUUGGUGGGGAUAUAGAAGUCCAGCAUCGCGAGCGUCUCCUGACAGUUGAUGGUUGGAUCCAUUUUCAGGCUCCUGUUAAGAUAGCAGUAAUUUUCAAACAGCUGAGAGUUCUCAUUGAGUCUGUUUUGAAAAAGAAGCUUGAAAAUCCCAAAAUGUCACUUGAAGAUGACAAGGUCUUAUACAUCAUCAAGGAACUGAUAAAAACAGAAAACAGUAACUGAAAUCAGAAAUCAGUAACAAAUCAGAGCUUCAGUAAUUGCAAGGGAAAUACGCAUUCCAACACUAAUUGGAAGUAUUUAAAUUCUUAGUGUGGUUGAUCUCAGCCACGAUGGGGAUAGAAUGCAUGAUUUUGCAUAGGAUCAGCCUUUCUUUUUAUCAAUUUUACGAUGAAUAUUUAAUAUGUUUAGCCUUUAAACUAUAUUUGGUGCCAUUUGUGUUGACUGUAUGAAUGAUAACUGCAAGCAGUUUUUUCAAACUUGUCGCAGACAUUUUUUCAUAGAAAUCCUUUCUUUGGGAUUUGUUCAUCUUCUGGGAAGCUGUGCCCCCAGAAGAAGAAUGUAAACAAUUGUUAUCGGCUGGUGUGGAAUGCAACAGGUGCAGCGGUGGUUGAUCUUCUGUGAGUGUUUGGAUUUGCUGACCACUCACAGGAGAGUUUGUCCUUGCUUUCUGCUGGACACAGAACUUUGUUAUUCAUUCUUUCCUAUUCUAUUCUGAGCUUAGCAGCCUCUGCAACUUCUCUCUUUAUUCCUUUUAGUAUAGUAAUAAUGUAUUAUAUAUCAUAUAUCAAUAAAUCCAGCCUUCUGAUCAU